GUGAGGACUUUGCCGUGGUGCAGCAGGAGAUCCUGAUGAUGAAGAACUGUAAACACUCCAACAUCGUGGCGUACUACGGCAGCUACCUCCGCAGGGAGACGUUGUGGAUCUGUAUGGAGUUCUGUGGAGGAGGAUACCUGCAGGACAUCUACCACAUAACUGGUCCACUGACGGAGUCCCAGAUCGCUUGCGUUCUGAGGGAAACACUGCAGGUAACAUCCAUCAGAUCCUUCGACCCUCAGGUAACAUCCAAUCAGAUCCUUCGACCAUCAGGUAACAUCCAAACAGAUCCUUCGACCAUCAGGUAACAUUCAAUCAGAUCCAUAGACCCUCAGGUAACAUCCAAUCAGAUCCUUCGACCAUCAGGUAACAUCCAAUCAGAUCCUUAGACCCUCAGGUAACAUCCAUCAGAUCCUUCGACCCUCAGGUAGCAUCCAAACAUAUCCAUAGACCCUCAGGUAACAUCCAAUCAGAUCCUUCGACCAUCAGGUAGCAUCCAAACAUAUCCAUAGACCCUCAGGUAACAUCCAAACAGAUCCUUCGACCAUCAGGUAACAUUCAAUCAGAUCCAUAGACCCUCAGGUAACAUCCAAUCAGAUCCUUCGACCAUCAGGUAACAUCCAAUCAGAUCCUUAGAUCCUCAGGUAACAUCCAUCAGAUCCUUCGACCCUCAGGUAGCAUCCAAACAUAUCCAUAGACCCUCAGGUAACAUCCAAUCAGAUCCUUCGACCAUCAGGUAACAUCCAAUCAGAUCCUUAGACCCUCAGGUAACAUCCAAUCAGAUCCUUCGACCAUCAGGUAACAUCCAAUCAGAUCCUUCGACCAUCAGGUAACAUUCAAUCAGAUCCUUAGACCCUCAGGUAACAUCCAAUCAGAUCCUUCGACCAUCAGGUAACAUUCAAUCAGAUCCUUAGACCCUCAGGUAACAUCCAAUCAGAUCCUUCGACCAUCAGGUAACAUCCAAUCAGAUCCUUAGACCCUCAGGUAACAUCCAAUCAGAUCCUUCGACCAUCAGGUAACAUCCAAUCAGAUCCUUCGACCAUCAGGUAACAUUCAAUCAGAUCCUUAGACCCUCAGGUAACAUCCAAUCAGAUCCUGAGACCCUCAGGUAACAUCCAAUCAGAUCCUGAGACCCUCAGGUACCGGGUGCCGCUGACCAGUUCAGGGAUCAUUUGUUGCCAUUUUGCAACACAGGGUUGUUUAAUGAAAUGCAGUUGUAUCUUAGUGAGACUAUAGCAGUGUUUGUUCUGCAGGGACUCGUCUACCUGCACAGCAAAGGAAAGAUGCACAGAGACAUUAAGGGGGCGAACAUCCUGCUGACUGAUAAUGGAUACGUGAAACUGGCGGACUUCGGUGUGUCGGCUCAGAUCACCAUGACGAUCGCUAAGAGGAAAUCCUUCAUCGGGACGCCGUACUGGAUGGCUCCUGAGGUGGCGGCGGUGGAAAGGAAGGGCGGGUACGACCAGCUGUGUGACAUCUGGGCUGUCGGCGUAACCGCCAUCGAACUGGCAGAACUUCAGCCGCCCAUGUGAGGGAAUCAUAACGAGCGUGAAUCAUAACGUGGGUGAAUCAUAACGUAAGUGAAUCAUAAUGAGCGUGAAUCAUAACGUGAGUGAAUCAUAACGAGAGUGAAUCAUAACGAGCGGGAAUCAUAACGUGCGUGAAUCAUAACGUGAGUGAAUCAUAACGAGCGUGAAUCAUAAUGAGCGGGAAUCAUAACGUGAGUAAAUCAUAAUGUGAGUGAAUCAUAACGAGCGUGAAUCAUAACGAGCGUGAAUCAUAACGUGAGUGAAUCAUAAUGUGAGUGAAUCAUAACGAGCGGGAAUCAUAACGAGAGUGAUUCAUAACGAGCGUGAAUCAUAACGUGAGGGAAUCAUAACGAGCGUGAAUCAUAAUGUGGGUGAAUCAUAACGUAAGUGAAUCAUAACGAGCGUGAAUCAUAACGUGAGUGAAUAAUAACGAGAGUGAAUCAUAACGAGCGGGAAUCAUAACGAGCGUGAAUCAUAACGAGCGUAAAUCAUAAUGAGCGUGAAUCAUAAUGUGAGUGAAUCAUAACAAGCGUGAAUCAGAAUGUGAGUGAAUCAUAACGUGCGGGAAUCAUGACGAGCGUAAAUCAUAACGAGCGGGAAUAAUAACGAGAGUGAAUCAUAACGAGCGUGAAUCAUAAUGUGAGUGAAUCAUAACGAGCGUGAAUCAUAAUGUGAGUGAAUCAUAACAUGCGGGAAUCAUAAUGAGCGUAAAUCAUAGCGAGCGGGAAUCAUAACGAGCGUAAAUCAUAACGAGCGGGAAUAAUAACGAGAGUGAAUCAUAACGAGCGUGAAUCAUAAUGUGAGUGAAUCAUGAUGAGCGUGAAUCAUAAUGUGAGUGAAUCAUAACGUGCGGGAAUCAUAACAUGCGUGAAUCAUAGCGAGCGUGAAUCAUAACGAGUGGAAAUCAUAACGAGCGGGAAUAAUAACGAGAGUGAAUAAUAACGAACGUGAAUCAUAACGUGAGUGACUUCAGC